CAGUACGGUUUUUAUCGUCUAGUGCGAAGAAACAUUAUUCGCAUUCAGACUUCGGGAUAACAAGAUUCGAAAUACCUACUCGAUAUUAAUGUCAUAACGAAGCAACAAAAAUAUCGUGAUAACUAUGUUUCAUUUUUGGUCUCUGACGAAUGUUGGAGUUGGAUACUUACUUUGUGCUUUGAUUGAAAUGGUUUCAGUAGCUGCACAGGACUAUGAAGUUGCCGAAAUACAGUGCACAUUUGCCAGUAGCACUAAUACAGGAUCGACAGACUCAAUUAUAGCAAAAUUGAGAAAACCGGAUGGUUUCAAAGGUAACCCAAUUUUUGCCGACGAUCGUGGGGUAGAUCCAGAAAUAGAUUCAUCGUGUCAAAUUCGUCAAGAUUCCAGUGAUCCUUCGGCAACGAGAUACAAUUUAAAAAUUAUGGAUUUCAGUAGAUGUGGAGUUCUUAAACGGAAUGGUUUUGUUCACGUGAGGAUAUGGUUUCCACAAUUCCCAGGCGUGGUGAUGCAAUCCGAUCAAGAACUAAUAAUUAUGUGCAAACCUCCAGAGCCAACAGUAAUUGAAAAUAAGGCAGCUGGGUUUGCUGGUAGUUUCCCACAUGGAGCUCGUAUUUCGGGAGUUGUUGAGGAAACACCAGGUCGUCUAGAAUACGAAGUAGCUCUUUACAAAGAAGCUUCAUCUUCCAGAUUGACCAAUUCUUCGAGUAAUGAAUUACCCAUAGAUCAAGCAGUACCUAUAGGGACCAAGUUACAGCUACGAGCAAGAAUUAGUCUAGACUCUGCUUGGAAAUAUGUGAAACUCAUGGAAGUUACCGUUAGUCCAGAUCCAGAUGAUCCUCAUGUGAGUGGGAGCGUUGCACUUGUAAAAGAUGGAUGCAGAAACAGAGAUUUUUCCUCAAUAAUUCCGCAUCAACCUUCACGAUAUAGAGAAAGGCCCAAUGAAGUUUUUCUGGACUUUGAAGCAUUUCUUCUCAGCACAAUGAAAGAACGUUCCACCCUCUGGAUCCAUUCCCAAAUAAAAGCGUGUAUGGAAGUUAUUGACUGUCAACCUGAUUUCUGCUUAGAUCUUUAUGAACCUUCUGGCCAUGGAAGGAAGAAACGUAAAGUUGACGAUAUUGAACUAAUGGAAGAUGUCAGUAUACUGAAAUACAAUGACACACAAUUCACAAAAAUCAAAGGCAAUUUGGAAUAUACCGUUCUGAUACCGGGAGAGUUUUAUCACAAGACAACAUCUCUCGAGAGCAGCUGUAGUACAUUUUUGGUGAUUGUUGCUAUUUUAGGAUGUUUAUUAUUUUUAUCGGCAUUUUUAAUGUUUUGGUUAACAACUCGCUUACAUUCUGCUUUAUUGAUGGCUGAUAAUAAAAAUAAGAAUAUAGACCAGCUGGUACGUGAUGCGAAAAAAUAUUCAGUUUCUGGAUAUAUGGGUAGGGCCACUACGCAAUAAAGGAGUAUGAAUAAUCUCU